UUAGUAAAUGAGAUAUAUUUAUAUAUUCGAAAAAGGAUUUAUAAUUCUAAAGAUUGUGUGAAAUAAGUGAUUUGAAAUACAGAUAACCCAAAGAACAUGAAUAUUUCACAGUACAUUCAUACCAUUUCUUUUAUUAUAAUAUUCAAGAUUUACGGGUCAUAUUCCAUUACAGUCCUAAUUAAUAAAAACAUAUCCGGGGUAAUUGGAGAAGGUGGUACACGAAUACAGUGUUCAUACAUCAGGCAAGAUGCGACUAAAAUAUUUACAAUCGAGUUAAAAGCUAACAACGAAACAGUUGCAACAUUUUUACCAGAUGAGAAGCCUAGGUUGACAACAAAGGGUCGAUAUUUGGAAGGAAGAGUCACACUGAUGAAUAUAAGUAAAGUGUCUACAGAAGCUGUUAUGAUAUUCAAUAAUUUAACAUGCAAUGAUCAAACCAACUAUAGUUGUUCCAUUGUGUUUCUUGGCCAAAACGGUAGAACAGAAGAAAGUCAUUCAGAAAUUACAACACUUAAUGUGAAAGCUCCACCGUCAAAACCUCAAUACGCAGCGAUUGUCGAUUUACUAGAAGAUGAAUCUACAACUGCAUUGCAGAAUCGAAGUGUAGCUUCUUCUCCAAAUGUUACUGAGAUUUCCACUGUUAAUCAAUCUACAACAUCUGCCAUAAUAAAAGAAGGAGACACCAUUACAUGUAUGUGUGCCGGAAAUAUUGGAAAGCCUCCAGGGAAGUUUAUAUGGCAGAAAUAUCGACAUGGAGAAAAAAUUCCAAUGAACUACACACAUAUUUCUACAAUAGCGACUGAAGUUACAGACAAGUGCUCCUACUAUGGCACCAGUUACCUUCAGCUCCGGGUAACUUCUUCGGAUAACCAAGCAACCAUUCGGUGUUUCAUUGAUUCGCCGUUGGCAAAACCAUAUAUGCAUGUGGAAAUGAAACCAAUAGACGUUACGUCUUUUAGUAAAGAUAUGACCACGUAUCCUACCACAAGCAGUUAUUUUACGGGUUCCGAGGGAGCAACAGAAUCACACAGUGGAUACAUUUAUUUUGGUAUUGUUAUUGGUUUGUUGGCUUUGGUUUUAUUGGUUGCAUACGGAAUUUAUCUGUUUAAAAGAAAGCAUAACGAAGAACCAACGAACAACAAUUUGUGCAUCGUAGGCCCACCCACACAACAGACAGGUCACUGUGAAAUCAUUGCGAUGACUAAUGAUAUUGACAAAGAGACAUCAAAAGGUGCUGCCGUAACUAUUGACGACCCAAGAUUGCCUACCAGUGAAAAUCUGGCAAGAUAAGAACAUAAAGACAAUCAAACUCCGACCAAUACAUCUCCUGUAACUACCGUAAGUGUAAAUGCCCAGUUGAAAAAAGGUAGAAAAACUCAGAUUCCAAACGAAGACAACAAAGACCAGAGCGGAGAAAUAACAAACACGAAAAAUCACAGUAUAGAACAGAACAUGAUGGCAGAGAAAGAAUCUAGCUUGUAACAGGAAAGUGAAGAUAUGCAGAACAAUAUUAAAAACCAAAGAUUCAUAAACAGGGCUUUUGAAGAUUGAAUGUGCUCAUCCACAAAAAAGAAUACUUGAUGUCGCGUUUUGCAUUUUAAAGCCCUUUUCAACUUCGCAAUUUUUAAAUUAAAUGUGUGUAAUUAAAUUGGUAAAAAUUAAGUGUUACUUUUUGAAAUCGGAAAAGCCGCGAAAAUAAAUCGUCCGCAAAAAUAGGGAGGUGUACAGUAUUCAGUUCUCUGCUGGCUUCCAAAUGAUGGUAAAUGAACUAACAUAGCUCAAAUAUUAGUUUUGAUGCUUAUUCCAAAACAUUAUUCUUAAGGGAUCGAGUUAAACUUUUUAUUUACCCCCGUCCCCCAUAUACUGUAUUGGAUCAAAGGUAAAUAUUUAUACAAAUGAUUUUUUCAUUAUCAGAAGAUUUGCCAGACAUAGAGAAUUAUGAUUUUAAUAAGUGAUUUCAGUACUUUUUUUAUUAAAUAUUUAAAUUUGGUUAAACGUUGAGUAAAAAAAUAGUCACGACCUUAUUCAAAUAAACAUGUUAUAGUAUGUCUGCUUUUUAGUUCAACAUGCGUUGCUAUGAAGUCAAUUU